CACCCCGAAGAAUAUAUACGAUGAUUGUUACCAAUAUACCAUAAUUCUAGACCCGUUUCGUCCCAAGUUACCGGAAAAAUCAAACUCAAGCUACACACAUGUGGACCCAAUGUUACUUGGUUACCAUAUCAUGCCACUCUGGCAACGCGUGUUUCAAUUUUUUUUUUAUUUUAUUUUGUAUGCAGAGAUAUACACCCUGUCUGUGCUCGCUUUUUGUCCCUAUUUUCUCCUUGUGUCUUGUCGGUUGCACGAACCUCAAUAUCAAGAUUUUCCAAACUGGAGACGAAUGUAGCGUGUCUCCACUACCCAAUGAUCGGAGAAUGGCGUAACUCAGAUAAAUACAGUACGAUGAAAAAAAAGGAAAUUACAAAAGCAGAGGUAUUGUCAUGGUAACGCUUACACAAACACGACGACCAAGGAAGCAUGAUGGAACGAUGGAUUAAAAAUGGAAAGCGAGAAUAGCGUCUGUAAGAGUAUCAACGGG